GUGAAUAAUUAUUUUAAGCUCCAAAAUGAUUUGCACUCGUAUCCGCAGCAAUCUCCUACAACUCAACAUUACAGCCCUUUUCGAAAUAAAAAAUAUUUUAUGAAGCCUUAAUUUUCCGCUGUUAGUUGUUGUUCGAUGUGACAUGUUAACAACCAAGUUUUAAUUAAACAAUACGAUUCAAGCUCGAUCUAGUGCUUAUACUUCAUAAACACCGUGUUUAACAGGUGUCGUAAUUAUUACACGUAGUUUGUUUCACUUAAGCAUCGAAUCUGGCGGGGUCUGUGGGAUAUUUUCCGACUAUGCAGGGCUAUGCGCAUGCGUCGGCAUCAUUCGUAAAGUACGAUUCCGCCAUGUCUAAUAAGGAACCCAGCAACGAGAGCCAUCCUCGAACACUAUACGUUGGAAAUCUAGAUCCGACGGUUACUGAAGAAUUGAUUUUAGCGUUGUUCGGACAAAUAGGACCUGUUAAAGGAUGCAAAAUAAUUCAAGAGCCUGGGAAUGACCCUUAUUGUUUUGUGGAGUUCACCGAUCAUCAAGCUGCAGCAGCUGCAUUGCUAGCUAUGAAUAAGAGAUUGUGUUUAGGAAAAGAAAUGAAGGUAAAUUGGGCAACAUCGCCUAGCAACACUCCAAAACAAGAUACAAGUAAACAUCAUCACAUUUUUGUUGGAGACCUUAGUCCAGAAAUCGAGACAACACAAUUACGAGAGGCCUUUGCACCUUUUGGGGAAAUUUCGGACUGUCGAGUAGUACGAGAUCCUCAGACGCUCAAGUCUAAAGGCUAUGGGUUUGUUUCAUUUGUUAAAAAAGUGGAGGCUGAAAAUGCCAUAGCAACUAUGAACGGUCAGUGGUUAGGAAGUAGGGCUAUUCGAACAAAUUGGGCAACGAGAAAGCCCCCUGCAAAUAGAUCUCAAAAUGAAUCUUCUGCCAAACCUCUCUCUUUUGAUGAAAUAUAUAAUCAGUCAAGCCCAACAAAUUGUACUGUAUAUUGUGGAGGAAUAGCUCAAGGAUUAACAGAUGAUUUAAUGCAAAAAACAUUUAGUGCAUUUGGAGUAAUACAAGAAAUUAGGGUUUUUAAAGAUAAAGGUUAUGCUUUUAUACGAUUCAGCACAAAAGAGGCUGCUACCCAUGCCAUAGUGGCCACCCACAACACAGAAAUAAAUGGACAGACUGUGAAGUGUUCUUGGGGUAAAGAAGCUGGAGAUCCAAAUAACCAACAACAACAACAAGUUGACAAUCAAGAAACUUUCCAAAAUAUAGCAGCACAAUAUACUUAUCCUUACCAACAAAUGGGAUAUUGGUAUCCUCAAGGCUAUCCACAAAUGCAGGCCGGGCAGUUCAUGCAAGGCAUGCAGUAUCCAUAUGGACAGUAUUAUGGGCAGGGAUUUGGCCCUAUCAGAAGACGCGAUGAGCAACCUAAACAAGCUGCCACUCCCUAUGCUCGGGGAGAUUCGAAACCCACCACGCACAGGUGAUUAUCUGUGUGUCCUGAAAAUUAUAUGAUGUAGAUUGACUUUUUGAAAUAGCAUUUAAUCUUGCAAGCAAUGGCUCCCACACCAGACAUGUUUCUUUUUACGAAUUUUGGUUUGUAUGAAGACAUGUAAGCGUUCAUCAAAUAUUAAUGUGUAUAUUUGUUACUCUCUUCCUGUGAGACUGUUGACAAGCAAGCUACAUCAUAUAAUAAACAUACAAACUCCAUAUCGGAAGAAGAGAUAAAUACAAAAAGAAAAUAAUAAAAGUGUUAAAAGAAAACUACAAUAUUUUAAUUUUAAUGUAUGAAAUUUUUCAUUGGUGUAGAAUGUAAAGCCAUGUAGUUGUCUGAACGAUUCUCGCAUCAUAGAUGAAAAUAAAAUUAAUGUAUCUGA